GCUGACUGGUGUUGAAAUGUGGCGGGCAGCAAUAUGAAGUCAUGAAGAUGUCUCAUAAUAUGUAAAGACACCCAGAAGAACCCUGAUGUGAAGGACAUAUUUCAUUGCUGUCGAUUGUGUUCUUAAACUCUGUCUAGGGAGUCAUGGUGAUCUUGAGAGAAGGGAUCUGCCCUGGAAUAAACGAGGAAUUCAUUAAGGCCUUACAUUCAGAGGAUAUCAAAACAGUUGAAGACUUUGUCUCAUGUAACCCAGAAGAACUUGCACAAAAGUGUUCAUUGUCUUACAAGGCUCUAGUAGCUGUUCGACGUGUGCUCUUGGCUCAAUACACAGCUUUUCCCGUCUCUGGAGCUGAUCUCUAUGAGGAACUCUUGAGCGCCACAGCAAUCUUGUCCACUGGCAAUCCCAGUUUGGAUAAGCUGUUGGAUUCUGGGCUCUACACGGGGGAAAUAACUGAGCUGACAGGUAGUCCAGGGAGCGGGAAAACACAGGUGUGUUUUAGUGUUGCAGUAAAUAUAUCCCACCAGCUGAAGCAGACAGUGUUUUACAUCGACACAAAGAGUGGUAUGUGUGCGAACCGACUGCUUCAGAUGCUACAAACCAAGACCCCCAAUAUGGAGGAGCAGAUGGAGGCACUUCAGAAAAUCAAGGUGUUCAGAGUAUUCGAUGUCUUCUCUUUACUCGCAUGUCUUCAAAAUUUGAGAUCAAAUGAUCUUCAGAAGGCGUCUAUCGGAGGUGGUUCAAUCAAAGCGCUGAUGGUGGAUUCAGUCUCUGCUGUGCUCUCAUCCAUGCUCGGAGGGAAACAGAAUGAGGGUAUGUCUUUGCUGAUGCAAGUUGCUGGGGAGCUGAAGAUGAUCGCCAAAGACUUCAACAUUGCUGUGCUGGUGACAAACCAUGUGACCAGAGAUGGGAAUGGGCAUUUGAAGGCUGGACUGGGACAGUCAUGGAGUCAUGUGCCACGCACACGUGUGCUCCUGCAGAGAUUGGAGGAUGCAGAGACUUCAUCCUUACGAACCGCAACUCUGACCAAAUCAUCACGACAGGCUUGUCAUCUGGUAGAGGAGUUUGAUCUUUGUCAUGAAGAGAAGAGAACCUCCAUUUCAGGCAAGAGGAAACUAGAGGAAAGAAGUAAACCUUGAAAAAAUCCACUGUUUUCAGUGACAACACAAAUGGCUGGUGUUAUUUGAUUUCAAACAGACUAUAUAGGAGGUCUAUUUAGAGUCAGUGUAAAUAUGUAUAAUAUUUCUACAAACAGUUUCUGUUGUGGUCUUUGACAAGUGUUAAGACAUUUUAUUUCUUUGAAUUGUUUUUUAUAUGUACUGUUUAAUCAAGUAAAAAUGACCUUGCAUUAUUUUUUUGC